AAGAUCUUCAAGUUGUGCCAACGAGAUAAAAUGCCAUGGAUUCUCAGCUAGUUUUCGAAGGGUGCUGCUUCCGAUCUUACUAUUAUAGGCGAUUUUCAAUGCUGUCGUAGGGUUUUGGUAGCUCAAUCUACUGCGCCGAGUAAUUCUCCUUUCUACCAGACUGCUCAUUUACUUAGAACUCCGUUUGUUAAUUUAGAUUUGAAGUAUUGCUGGGUGAUAUCGAUGACGUAGUAUUAGAAUUGGGUGCCGGGGUAAUUUACUAUACUUAAUGUUUCUGAUGAUUUGAGUUCUUGCUUUGUAUAAUUGGAGCUCGACAAUGUUGGGCUUUUCUGCAUGGAAAUCGAAGCUUAUUAGCGGUAUUUUACUAAAGGAUAACUAAAAGCAAGAAGGAAGAUGAAAUAAAGAGCCAGAAACAUUAAGGAAUAUGGGGACAGUCGCCAGCAUGAUGCCCAAUUUUCUUUUUGAUGUUCGAUAGUGUUUAAUUAAAUUAUGUGUCUUUAUGGUCUGGCGCCAUCCAUCUUCUGGGGAAGCAAACAUUUUGUUAAUCACCUAAUUACAUGUGGCGUUUCUUUAGAUUUGAUUUGUAUUAUCGAUCAACCAAAAUGAAACACUAUUAUCUUAAGGGGACAUUGCUGCUGAUCCUCCCCUCUCCUCUGCCAUUUGUGACAUUAAGAACUCCAAGGGUUUCAGAUAGUUUUCAUUGCCUGAAUUAUGCAAUCGGUUGAGCAAGAUGCUAAGAUCAUCUCAAGUUAUAUAUGUUUUUUUGGGUUAGGCUUGGGAAUUACAUCGGAUCAUUUCCAGAAAGUUGUUAGUGUACACGUUUCUUAUCUGAAUUGUACAUGCUAUCAUAUUUGUUAUCUGACACGCCUAGGACACACCAAGGACUCCGUUAAAAAACAGUGAAACUAGACCCACUAUCGACAGCCCAUUUGAGGGGCAUUUAAAGCCGAUUAUAAUUAACUGUUCUACACAUUUUCUCCGUACAAACACACUUCACUCUCAAGACUUAACAUACAAUCUGCCUUUUUGAAAUGCUACCCGAUUCUUCUUUCUAACUUCAGUUGUGUUUGUGUCUGACAUGUAUUAGACACUUGGACAAUCCAACACUUGUUGAACACGCAUCAAAUACUUGUUAGUACAAUAGAUGUAUUACAUACUCGUUAUGUAAAGCCAAAGUAGGUCCAACAUUUGUUAGACAUGUAUCAAACACUUCUCAAGAUACCUAUUUGUAUCAUGUAACUUUAUGAUUUUCACCGAGUGACGAUAUUUUUGUUAUCCAUUUCCACAAUUACAAACAGAAUAACCACUAAGCUAACUAUAAAUAUAAAAAAAUAAACAGUUUUCUUUAUAUAUAUUAUAUAAAGACAAUAAAGUUGAGGGGGGCUCGAGCCCUCCGGGGCCUAUGCUAAAUCCGCCGGUGAUUUCCAUUAUACCCUUGGAUUCUUGUGGGAUGAACAGAAUAGAUGCUUCUGGAAUAACAAAGAGCAGUCGACAUGAUACUAAAACUAAAGUUUACUUUUGGAUGUUCUAAUACCACUCACAAGUUUUGGACUCUACCAGUGAGCACAUAGUUGAUGAGAAAGAAAACUUACCUUGAGAGCCCACACACGAUUUUAUAAUGCCUUUGUCUCUUCUUCAAUGUUAUAUGAAAUUUUAUGUUUUCUGUUUUGUUUUAUAUCCCCUGUUUAUUGAUUUGGCUAUUAUAGUUUUUCAGAUCAUAGUUUUCUUUGGCUCAGUAUUUAUACUUGUACAAAAUUUUCUUUGGCACAUAAUAGGAUCUAAGUUGUCGAAAAUAAUUUUUAAUCAACACGCUUAGAGUGGAUUUUGCUAUGUGAGCCCAUAUUACAUGACGUGAGAGGCAUAGCUGCAGAAGCUUUCUGGUUAAAAUUAUAGGCCUGUGAGAUAUCUCGUGCUUCUUAUCAUCAUUUUGUAGCUACAGUACACAUGUAAAAAAAUAUGUGGUAGGCAGGGGACAUUUAUGAGGUGGCUUUAUGCAUAUUCAUUUUUCUUAAGGGGUGGGGGAUGGAAAACUGAAAAGGUGACACCUUUUUUGCUUAAAUGCUAUUGAGGCUCUAGAUAAUAUCUUUUCCUUUUAUUCUAGUCCUAUCACAACGUGUAUUCAUUUAUAAACAAACACUGCACCACGUGUCGGGUUUAUCAUAUCCUUGCUGGGAUUCUUAUCAAUUUUGGUAGACUGAUAAUGGAGAAUAUGAACCCCAUCGCUGAAGAAAGGAGGGGAACACAUUAAUUCAUAUUCUCAAUCUCAUUCGGUGCACCCACAGCUUUUGCAAAAGGAGGGGAUGUGACUGCAUAUUUGCAAAAUCACUGCUAAGAUGUCAAUGGCGCAGCAAAUAUCGACAGAGAGAGGCAUGAAGGGGACUGUUUUCUGCUAGCCUAAAGGUAAUAUUCUCUUUCAAUCAUUUGCCCCCCUAGUUGCUCCUUCAUUCUUUAUCUUCUGAUGUUUUUGGUUGCAAAUUUUGUUUACCAAAACUAUUAAUUAUAUAUGAAUUAUAGUAACAAUCAGUCAUUCAGACAAAGAAAAUUUGUUGUACAUAUUUGACGAUAUUAAGAGUACUUUUUCAAAUUUUAUCUGGGCUAAAUCCUAUUUAUGUUUAAUGGAUGGGUGUGUUCUCAAGUUAAGCCCCUAACUCUGAUUCCUAAAGUUGAAGUUGAUCUUAACAUCUGCUUUUACUGUUUUACAUUAAUGUUUUAAUUUAACAUGCUUUUCUAUUAAAGGUUGUAAUCUGGGGCAGGCUUAAGAAUAGAAUAGUAACUGGCCAGGCGUUCAAGCAGUUUUCAUUAAAUUGCUUACUUUCACUUUGGAAAACCACUCAUCAUUGACUUGACUCUUAUUCCCACAGCGAAUUUGGACCAUUAGCUCGUUCAUUGUUGUCGCUAAUAUAAUAACAGAUUAAUAGUAUUAUUCUGACUCCCUUUCUUUUGCAUAUGGGCCCUUAGAUUUUAUAUGACAAAAGAUGUGAUUCCUCUCGACUGGGAUCUUUCUGUUUUUGGGGAAUUAAGGAUGUUCAGAGCCAUUCCUUCAAAUCUAGGAUAACUAGGAAUUGCUCAAAAAAAAAAAAAAAAAAAAAAAAAAAAAAAAAUCUGUUGCAGUGUGUGUAACAUUACACCCUAAAAAGUACCUGCUUCCUAGAACUUACCAUUUGGAAUCUUUACUCACUUAGUCACUUGGUUCCGUAUUUCUUAUAAGCAUGUAAACAUAGAAUUUGAUUGACACGUAAGUUGCAACCUUUUAUUUAUUUCCCAUCUUUUAUCCAUAGAGUUUGGAUUGUUUUUUUAAAUGUACUUUUCAGUAAAUUUGCACUUUUUGGUUUCUUUAUGGCUUCAAGAGGUUGAGCUCACAAACGAUAAUAUACGGCAUUUAAACUGCAAUGGCAAAAGAAGAAAAUUUAGCGAUGAUAUACUCUUCUGCAUUCUUCUAUCUUAUACUUAUUCCACAUGCGAGCCUAUAAAUACCUUUGAUUGGCAUAUUGUUGUAUAAAUCAAAGAACGCAAAAGACUUAAAUCUAGUUCUCAGCUCCUCUAUUGUUUAUUUCCAUAUAAAAUUUGCUACUUUUUUCUGGGGAGAAAGAUGGAUUCAAACCUUUUGCACCGUCAAGUUGCCUACACAAAGAGGUGCUUUUUUGAGCAGGGUUAUCUUGAUCGUGAUCAAUUCACUCAGCUUGAAGAACUGCAGGAUGAUACUAACCCAAAUUUUGCUGAAGAAAUUGUGUCUUUAUUCUACAAUGAUUCAGCCAGACUCAUACGAAGCAUUGAACAAACCCUCAUUGGAGCCAAUAGGGUGACAGAUGCAUGUUCACAGUUCAGAGAAUACUGCUUGGCAGGAAAUCUUGAAGGAUGCAUGAGGAGUUUCCAGCAAGUAAAACAAGAGCACGAAAUUCUGAAGAAGAAGCUUGAUACCUAUUUCCAGCUAGUUAGACAAGCUGGGAAAGGUUGAGAAUGUAUCCAAGACGAUGAAAACGAGCCUACAAAAUGAUGUAUAUAAUACUCCCUUGUAUUAAAUAUCAUAUCAUGUAUGCUCUUUCCAUUUAUAGGUUGUUAUUUUUAAAAAGGAUAAAUGACAGCAAAGAAAAAAUCUAUAUAAAUAUCUUCCUCUCAUUA